CGCGGAGGGAGGCAGACGUUGUGGCUUGGCACCGCCCAUUGGGCUGGGCGGGAGAGCGGGCGCCACUGCGGGUGCCUCAGGUGGGCGCCGGCAGCGGCUAUGAGCGCCCGGCGCUCCCCGGGGUCCUGGAGGGGGAGAGCUGAGAGUCGCCGUAAGAUUGAAGAUCUGAAGAAGAUAAACUAUGAGCUAAGGCAACAUGUCCUACAACUUCUUAAUACGAAGCAAGCAGUGGGAAGUCAAGUGGAUAGGUUCACCUGUAAAAAUGAUCACCUGUGUAAAGAACUGGCUGUAAUUGACAAACUGUCUGAGCAGCUGGAAAAAGAAUUGCUAUUGAAUACUUCUGAUAAGGAGCUUAAGGAAGCAAAGAUUCAAAUUCAGAACCAGCAGAAGACGAUAAAGAAGCUGGAACACUCAGUGAAAACACUAAAAUCUGUUAUUUUACAAACAGAAGCUGAAAUCAAGCAAGGGAGGUCACCUUCAAAGCUUGAUGCCUUUAUUAAGACGUUGGAAGAGGAAAGAGACUACUAUAAAAAUGAGACUGAGAAUUUGCUGAAGAUAUUUAGGAACACACUUGCAAGUCCUAAGCGAACCAAUACUUGUGGCAGCAUGCUAAAAAAAAAUUCAUCCAUCCAGGGAGUGACCUUUGCUCCAGACGUUUUGAAAAUACUGAGAGAACGUGAAGAACUUAAGUCAACGCAGAAAAAGUAUGAGCGCCAUAUAGCAGAAAUUCAGGGUAACCUCAACGUUUUAACAGCUGAGAGAGACAAAAUGGUCAAUCUUUAUGAACGGUCACAGCAAGAGAUUUCCCAACUUCGUCAGGAAGUUAUCAAGUGCCCAGGGAGUCCUAAAGCUACUGCGACAGCUCAAGCUAUGUUAAGACAAGUGGAGAUGGAAAGGAAUACAGUACUGUCAGAUUUUCGAAGGAUGACUACGGAACGUGAUAGCCUCAGGGAGCAGUUAAAGAUUUCCCAAGAGACUGUGUUUAAUGAAAAGGCUCGUUUGGAACAGAGAAUUGAAGAGCUAGAAGCUACUAUUCAAAAUUUAGAGAGUGAACGGUUAGAACAGGUGUCCAAAGUGACGCUAAUGAAAGACACCAUUGAUUCUCUGGAAACUGAGAUGAAAAGAUUGGCAAGAAAAGCACUGGACUCUGAAGCUGAGCUGAGUCGACGGGAAGCUGAAUGUGUUUCACUUAAUUUAUUAAAAGAAAAGACAGAACAGAGUCUUUCAGAGGCUCAGCAAAGCCUUGUUAAGAAAAAAUAUGAACUGCAAGUUGCUCAAAAGAAAAUUACACUUCUGGAUGAAAAAAAUGAUAACUUUUCAAGACAAAGUCUUGUGCAACAAGAGGAGAUCUGUGCUUUGAAAGGAACAGUUGCGAAACUCAAUAAAGAGAAGGCAUCUUUGCAAGGCUGUGUGGAAGAAGGAAGAAAAAAGAUUGCUACUUUUGAGGAAAGCCUGGCAACUAAAGAGAAAGUAAUUGCAGAUUUCAAGAUUCUGGUUUCUGAGUUGGAGAGUUCCAUAAAAAAAUCUUCUGAAGCACUUUGUAUCUGUGAGAAAGAUACCACGACUUUGGAUCAACAGCUACAAGAAACCACCAAGGAACUUGCGCAGGCUAACAAGAACAGAGAAUCAUUAGCUCAGGAGAAUGACAGGUUACAAGAGCAUCUUUCUAGUAUUAAGCAAGAAAUUCAGGUACUGCAUAAAAAACUAGCAAAGUACCAAAAUGAGCUUGAUGAUCUGAAGUUGAAAGCACAGGAUUUAAACACAGAUAUUGUCAGGCUGAAGGAUGUACUGAAGUCUAAAGAGAGAGAGAACUGUGAGCUUUUGGAGAAUUACCACAAGGCCCGUGAACAAGGACAAAGUUGGGAAGCAAAAUGCCAUCAAGCAGAAGCAGAUUGUAGCUCUGUUAGACUGGUACUGAUCAGUGCAGAGUCUGAGAACUGCAGGUUGAAAGAGAAAAUGGAUUCCCUUGAAAGAGUGAUGGAGCAACUGCAGAGCAAGUGUGAGUCAUCCUAUUCUGAAAUAGAGCUGCUGAGAAAACACCUGGGAAAUGAAAGAGCAGCUAUGAAAAACCUGGAAUCUUUGCUUGUGUCCAGUCGUGAGAAAGAACUUCAGGCACAGACAGCAAAGCAAGAAAAAGACUCUACAAUUCAGUUGCUCAAGGAACAGCUUUCUGCAGCAGAAGAUAAACUUACUGUGCAGGGUCAAGAUUUUACUCAGCUCAGAAACAGAGCAGCUCAGCUAGAGUUGGAACUGGAUAUGACCAAAAGACAGCUGGGGACUGAGCGCACUGAAAGGCAACGCCUUGUAAAGGAGCUUCAACGUCGGAAUCGUACGAUCUCAUAUCAGUUAAGCUCUACAUUAAGAACAUCAUCACCUGAACAUUCCUGUCAACCAUUGCCUGAUUGGUCUCCAGGCUGGUCCCUAGAAGAGAAUUCUUGUUUCAAGGACUUAUAAUGUUAUAUUCACAAUGGCUUGUGAAGACUCUGCACACCAUCUGGAGAGUUAAAGUUGAAUGCUCAUUUAAUUAAUCUUUCUUCCCUGCUGAAUGCUAAAUUUCAUUAACUCUCAUUCACAAAUGC